UGGAACGCCGUGAGGCGAUUGCCCGCUGGGUGGCGCUGUUCUCCCGGGGAGGUCUUCACUAGGGCCCCUGGCGGAGGUGGGGAGAGGCGGGCAGGAGCCAGGGCCAAGGAGCCCUCUGCGUCAGCUGUUGCUCACUGCGCCGCGCCAGUGUCCGCAGCUCCAUGCCUGUUUUCGGCUUGGCACAUCCACCCUUAGAGGACCAGCCCAUGCCGCUCCCAGCCCCCACUGAGCUUCGCCCUGAAGGAUGUCCCAGCUCUCCUCCACCCUGAAGCGCUACACAGAUUCGUCACGCUACACAGAUACCCCUUACGCAAAGUCCAGCUAUGGGACCCAUACCCCUUCCUCCUACGGAGCCAACUUGGCUGCAUCCUUCUUGGAGAAGGAGAAACUCAGCUUCAAGCCAGCACAUCCCUCGGGAUUUCUCAAUACCCGUCCCCGUACAUACGGCCCUGCCUCCAUCCUGGACUAUGACCGAGGCCGUCCCAUGCUGAGGUCUGAGGUCGGAGGUAGCAAAAGAGGAGAGAGCCAAAGUAGGAUCAGUGAGCGGCCUUCUGGGAGCGGACUCAAUGGAGGCAGCAACCUGCCUUAUGGAAUGCCCAGUAGCUCUUUCAACUACCUACCUGUAAAUUCCCGGGACCAGGUAGUGCCCCUGACCCAGAAGAAGUCUAACAGUCACUCAGACCUGGCCCGAGAUUUCUCUGGCCUUCGGACCACAGACAGCUAUAGAAUGGACCCUGGCCCAGGGCGGAGCCCAAUGCUUGCGCGGACCCGAAAGGAGUUGUGUGCACUACAGGGGCUAUACCAGGCGGCCAGUCGAUCUGAGUACCUAUCAGACUACUUGGAGAACUAUGGGCGCAAGGGCAGUGCCAGCCAGGGGUCAGCCCCAAGAGCCCUGGAGGCCCUCAGCCCCACCUACCGACCAAGUGGCCGCUAUAGCCUGUGGGAAAAGGGUAAGGGCUCCAGCCCUUCCACCUCCCCAGGGCGCGAUGUUAUGACCUCCAAAAGCACCCAGGGUCUGGCUGGUCUUCGAAACCUUGGGAACACGUGCUUCAUGAACUCAAUCCUGCAGUGCCUGAGCAAUACCCGGGAGCUGAGAGAUUAUUGCCUCCAGAGGCUCUACCUCCGUGACCUCAACAGCAGCAGCCAUGCACAUACAGCCCUUAUGGAGGAAUUCGCAAAACUGAUCCAGACCAUAUGGACUUCGUCAGCUAAUGAUGUGGUGAGCCCAUCAGAGUUCAAGACCCAGAUCCAGAGAUUUGCACCCCGAUUCGUUGGCUAUAACCAACAGGAUGCUCAGGAGUUCCUUCGUUUUCUUCUGGAUGGACUCCACAAUGAGGUGAACCGGGUCACGGUACGGCCCAAGUCCAACCCUGAGAACCUCGAUCACCUUCCAGAUGAGGAGAAAGGGCGACAAAUGUGGAGGAAAUAUCUGGAACGGGAAGACAGUCGGAUUGGGGAUCUCUUUGUUGGGCAGCUAAAGAGCUCCCUGACAUGUACCGAGUGUGGUUAUUGCUCUACCGUCUUCGACCCCUUCUGGGACCUCUCUCUACCCAUUGCUAAGCGGGGCUAUCCUGAGGUGACCUUGAUGGACUGCAUGAGGCUCUUCACCAAAGAGGAUGUGCUUGAUGGAGAUGAGAAGCCAACAUGCUGUCGCUGCCGAGCCAGAAAAAGGUGUAUAAAGAAAUUCUCCAUCCAGAAGUUCCCAAAGAUCUUGGUGCUCCAUCUAAAGCGAUUCUCAGAAUCCAGGAUACGAACCAGCAAACUCACAACAUUUGUGAACUUCCCACUGAGAGACCUGGACUUGAGAGAAUUUGCCUCAGAGAACACCAGACUUCCUCGUUUAGACCACGCUGUUUACAACCUGUAUGCUGUGUCCAAUCACUCUGGAACCACCAUGGGUGGCCACUAUACUGCCUAUUGUCGGAGUCCAGUGACAGGAGAAUGGCACACUUUUAAUGACUCCAGCGUCACACCCAUGUCCUCCAGCCAAGUGCGAAGCAGCGAUGCCUAUUUGCUCUUUUACGAACUGGCCAGUCCACCCUCCCGUAUGUAGCGGCAGGGGUGUCACACCCCACCUCCCCGUCCCCGUGGCAGCCCCACAUCCCAAGUUUUUUUAAAAAGACAAAAAAAAAGAAACUGCAAAUGAAAGCGAAAGAGAGAGAGUAAUAAACUAAAAUAAAGCUGCCGAGCAGGAGUUUAUACAGCCUGGUCAGGGGCCGGGAGAGAGGAGCUGGGUGUUCCCAAGGUUCGCCCAGACCUGGCUGGGAGAAAGCAGGAUGCGGAGACUGGAGUCAGCAAGGCACUCCCUGGGCUUCUCGUGUUUUCUUUUUUUUUAAACGUGUGUUUUCCAUGUGUGUAAUAAAUAACAGCAGUUGUGGGGAGAAGGCCCUCAUCCAUUUGCUGCUGUCUCCAGCUUCGAACUCCUCCUGAGACCUCGCCCUCAGGAGCCUGACCAGGAAGACUGCGUCUAGCCAUGCUGGCUCUGCAGAGAGGAGACCCCAUCCUGGACCGCCAGCCUGCUGAAGUCACACAUGAGCCAGGAGGCCUCCUGAUGCUGCUAACUCCAGAGGAACUGAUUGUGGGAUAUUUUUUUGAAAUAAGCAGUUUUUGUUUUUAAAAGCCCAAUUUUCUUUUUUCUUUCUUUUUGUUUUUCCAACAACUACAAGCAGAGUUCUCAGACUGGAGGUGUUCUCCUGUAUGCCUCUGCAGCUGGGAAGUUGUGUUGGUUUUAUUUUUUAACUUGUCAAGCACAACUUUUUCUAAUAAUAGCCCCCAGUGGUGCUAGGCAGGCAUGUCAGCAGGGCCCCAGGGCACAGCCAUUAUAGAACUGGCAUCUAACAAGUUUCUUUCUUUUUUUUUUUUUUUUUUUUGGUUAAAGCUUUUUGGAUGGAUCCUAGUUGCCUCUGAGAAUUGUGCCUUACAGCAUUUGGGGACUAGGGGAAUGCCCUUCCCAGAUAUAUCC